CAGACGUGUUUUUGCGUGUAAAACAAACUAUAAAUUAAAAAUGAAUAUUCUAGACUUGCCCUUCGAGGUUUUAGCUCUAAUAUUCAAAUACCUUGACAGCGAGAAGGAUAAGUUGCACUUUGCUUUAGUCCAUCCGCUGCUUGGCCAGGCAUUUUCCCAUCACAGCCGCCAGAAAUAUCAAAUUAUUGACCCACUUUUUUUGCCACUGAGCCACUGGCCAGUUAUUUUGCCACUCUGCGGCUCCACUGUCAACGAAUUUAAAGGCUACCUCAACGAUUGGGGCUGUUCUGUGCUAAAACUAAUAGAAGAAAAUUGCCCCAACUUGGAAACAAUUUCGCUAGAGGUAAACCAAUCGAAUUACAAUGGUGUCUGGUCCUUGCUGUCCCGAAUGAGGUCCCUGCGUUCGGUUGAAGUGGGUUUGGAUUGCAGCAAGUGUUUUGGAUAUCGUGAAUUUCUGCUGGAAUUUAAGAGCCUACAAAAACUCUGCCUGAAAAGCUGCCAAAAGGAAGAGAUUAAUUUGCUUAAAAAUUUUAUAAGCUUGGAAGAGUUAGCCGUAACGCCGCUCUCUGGCAGAGAACCCAUUGACAUUCUUGAAGUUUGUUCUGCCUUGCCGAAACUACGCUCCCUGACAGUCGCAGAGAUGAAUGUAAUUAUUCCUCAUGGGUUUAUUGUACCGCCUUGUCCCAACCUAGAGACUCUUCUUGUGGUUCGCUGUCGGAUACCAGCGGCUUGGCCACACUUUCCCCAACUGAAACACUUGAGGAUAAGGCACACAUGUAUAGCCACUCGGCAGUUCCUUAACCAAUGGGUGCUGCCACACUCCGGCACAUUGGAGCAUCUAGAGUUGCUGUACCUAGAGGAACCCUUAGAGGAAACGGAUGUUCUCCAAGUGAUCAAACGCUGUGGGAAGCUACAAUUUCUGUCCAUAGUUUUGGGUGAUUCAAACAUAAGCGAAACAUUUGUCAGCACUAUUUUGGACUUGCUCGAGGAAAAUGGUUUUAGGUCAGAGCAAACCUUUGAACUGAAAGUGUUUGAGCUUAACAAAUUUGUGGAGGUGCAUGAAUUGUUGGCUAAGUGUCCAAAUGCGGGAAUGCUAAAGGUGUUACCUGCCAAUCCAUAUGAUUGGAAGCCACCUAAGCAAGUCCCUUCUAGGACAGUUUUUGACCCGAAAUAA